AUGGUGUCCAUCACUACCCAGCAGCUGGGGGUGACCAUCACAAUCACCAUCCUGCUGUAUCAUAUGACGCUCAAGAAUCAUUCUGGUGUUGAUGCUGCAUCGAAACUAACUGAAGGUAGGAGAGAAACUGUGCCCUCCAAGAACGAUAGCGAUAACAGCAAGUUACUGAAAACAGUGCGAAGCGAAGGUAAGGAACACGCAACAGAGCACAGCGUCAAGGAAAUUUCAAGUAACAAUGAAGGACCAGGAAAGAAAAACAGUGAAGAUUUACGUGUGAUGACAAACGCUGCUGAGAAACACAACAAACACAUGGGUGUCUAUGUGGAGGACAAGAAAGGUGCUCUUAUAAACACCAACAGAAGAUUGAGAGCAGCGCCUUCUGGCGAAGAGUAUGAUAUUCAAGCCAAUCCAAAAACGAUUCAGAUCUCUCGAAGGCUCUUAGCUCUUCAGAGUACAAGUGCUGGCGAAUUAGAUACCUCCAUCUAUCGGAAAGCCUUCAUUCAGAAGGCACCUGUUAUUUCUCAACACAGGCCUCGAGAGGUUCGAAAUGUAUCUAAUUCUGAAGAACAAGAGUUUGCUGAAAUUUCUAUUCCAGCAGGUCGAUAUGUAACUGCAGCUUUCAUGCAUAAAAGAGAAAAUCCUAGUGAUACUGAGUUGAAUAAAAAACAUUUUAAUGCCUCCAUUUCCAGUUAUCCGAAGGCUCCUGAUACUUCUACUUCCAGACCUUCAAAGACCCCUGAUACGUCUACUUCCAGAAGUUCAAAGGCUUUUGAUAGUUCCAUUUCCAGAACUCCAAACACCUCUAAAUAUUCCAUUUCCAAUGGUUCAAAAGUCUCUGAUACUUCAGCCUCGAGAACUCCAAAAACACCCGCAUCUUCCACUGUUAAACCUCAAGAGUCUACUCAAACUUUCUUUCCCAAAACCAAAACUCCUGCAAGAAAUUCACUUCUCGAAGACCAAGACGCUGAUGAGGGUAGCCUCCUGUUGGACAUCACAAUCAACGCCACAGGAGUAACGUUAUCGGUGGACGGACGUCAGGUGUACAGCUGUGUCAAUGAGACCACGUGCUGGGGAGGGAAGCUUGCUGCCUGCCAUGCUGGUCUACACCUGCUCACCUUACACCAGACCACAGGUCAGCUCAUGGCUGCCGCCCACUACAUGACUGGCAUCACCACCACAGACAAUCAGGUCACCCAGUCGCUGCGGGACACUCAGGAUGGUCGCCUCCUGGUCAUCCUGGGUGCAUAUUUCCUUCACCGGCAGCCAGACUUGACACUUUUCCUGGAGGAGGGAGUAAUGGAGGCUCUGAAGGAGGUUGGCGCCCUUUACAUCGAUAGGCUGGCCUAUAAGGACGCCUGGUGCCUGCUGGUGCACAAGGGCAGCCUGGUGCUGCUCGAGGCACUGGUGACAUCACUGGCAGGUCGAGACCUCAGCACGUUUGACCUCUCUCCUCUCACUCUGCACCUCCCAGUGCCUCGCAGACCAGCAGGGCAGUGUGGGUGGUAUGGUGCCCAUGGUAUGGAGCAGAGGGCAGCCUUCUGCGAAUCUUACGAAGGGUAUGGUGACUUCUGCAGCUGUGUCUACCCACCGUGGUCACCUGUACCCAGACACCCAGUGGAGUACGCGAUGCGCGAGGUGAUUCCUGUUGCCAUAGUGACAUCUCGGCGGCUGACCCACGUCUUGCGUCAAGUGGGCCAGGUGUGGGCCAGCCCGGGGGGCACCCACACACCCCUCACCAUCUUUGUUGACGGUCACAACCCUGAGGCCCUGGACCUGGGAACUCUCCUCCAAGUCCCUGUAGUCGAGCACACGGACCCUGCCCCUCAGGGUUCAACGAACCGCAUCAGCUAUCACGUCAAGUUCGUCUUAAGUAAGGUCUUCGAGAUGUACCCAGAGGCUGACAAGGCCAUCAUCUUAGAAGACGAUCUUGAUCUUUCUCCAGACUUCAUCCCGUACUUCCAGCAGACAGCCUGGCUACUGACCGCAGACUCCAGACUUUUCUGCGUCAACGCGCACAAUUACAACGCUUUCGCGCACACAGCCCUGGACGCCACUCGGCUGUACAGAGUGCAUGGUGCACCAGCCUACGGCUGGAUGGUGACAAGAGCUGUAGCUCAAGACAUGACCCACAAAUGGCCUCCUCUCAAUGCAGGAGUGGACUGGGAUUUGUGGGUUCGUAAGAACGUGAUGGGGGACCGGGAUCUCCUGGUGCCCGAAAUCCCUCGUACGAAACACCGGGGUAGCGGCGGCGUCCACGUUACCGGGAUAGAACAAGAGCAAUACUUCAACCAUCGUCCACUCAACUCUCUCAUCAACGUCACCAUGGACGUCCAUGGGGCGGAGCUGCACAGGUACCUUAGAUUCCACGUCAGGAACAUCCAGAGGGGGAACAUUGUGCGCUUCAUCCAGCAUCCGUGUAAGGAGAUCCCUGUACCUCGCCACCAGGUAAACCAGAGCUACGUGGUGUAUGUACACCGGGAGAGCCUCUCUAACAACACCGUGUGGUCCUACUACGUCGUGGCCAGGUGUCUGGGCUUCAAUGAUCGGAACCUCCACGACCAUCUUCAGAUGAUGUACACAGGUUCCUUUUACGGCAACCAGCUCUACAUCAUCAUGUGUCCCUUUUCGCCCUUCUGCCUGACGAAGGAGCCGGGAGACGUGUAUAGGGCGACGCAGGAAGACGUACAUUAUGCGACGUACCAUCCCUUCAGAGACGUCCUGACCAGGAUGACGCUGGUGGAGCGCGUCACACCACGUGACCUGUCAGACGAGGUCAACCUCACCAACCUUGUCUACUUCUACAAGACUGUCACCGUCACGCUCAUGUGA